UAUAUAAGAGGACUGGGUUAGAGACCUUUUGCAUUGAAAGAUUAGAGCUCGACCUCGACGGAGCUCUCUUCCAGAUAUUUGUCUCUGAAUUCUCUAUUUUUUCGAUUAGCGAAAACCACCGUUCGACCCAUUCGCAUCGUUUUAGUUAUCAUGAUCAUCGACAUCACAGUUUGAGAGCAAAAAUGAUUGAAGUGAUGACGCAGCUGCCUCCGCCGCUGAUCAGCAUCGAUUGCGAUCAGCUCAUGUACCAGGACGAUCCGAUGCUCACGUGUCUGAAUGACGCGACCUUGUCGUCUUCGUCAUCGUUUUCGUCUUCUUGGAACAACAACAACAUUAGCGACAACAACAGUUGUUCAUGGGACCGUUUUGCUCCAGCCGAAGAAUGGCUAUCUGAUUUAUAUUAUAAUCCUGGCUGUCCAAGUUUCACGUCCAGUCCUGAUGGAUCUAGUGGACAUUCGGAUGAUAGUAAUCAACCGGCAACAUUGGAUCAAAGCGAUGCUACAACAGAUGAUGACAAUUAUCUGAAUUAUCUCCUCAAUUCACCUACUUUGCCUUUGCUGGACGAUUUGCUGUUGGAUCCCAAUCCAUCCUGCACUGCGAUUCCAUCCGUCAGUCCUCAGCAGCAAGCCUGGACGUCACUGGAUGGAAAUGAUGGUGUUCCAGAAGCUUACAGAGAAGAUUUUGCCGAAUUGGAUUGGGAAGUUCAAUCGCAUCCGAUGACAAACUGUUCUGCCGUUCCGGUUCUUCCGGAGCAGGAGUCUCUUUUAACACCGUUCCAGGUGGACAAUUGUGAGCCGAAACGUUAUUAUCCAUUGACGUUGGACUCUCCUUUGAUUUCCAUCCAUCAACAGCCGAUGGUUAUCCCGAUGGAGCCCAGCAAACCUGGCAGGUCCAGCGGUGGACGCUCAUUACUCAUACAACCUCGGUCUCUCAAUCAAACAAUCAAGGCAACAUCCAACACCAAUAACAGUAUCAAGAAUAACAGUCCCUCGAAAACGGCCAUCAAAGAAGAGGACAAGAUUUUUCCUUGCACGUAUCCGAAUUGCAAAAAGAUUUAUGCAAAAUCGUCACAUCUCAAAGCUCAUUUGAGGAGGCACACUGGCGAGAAACCCUUUGCAUGCACCUGGGCAGGAUGUGGAUGGCGCUUUUCUCGUUCGGACGAGCUGGCCCGUCAUAAGCGUUCGCAUUCUGGCGUGAAACCAUACGGUUGCCCGGUUUGCACGAAACGAUUUUCACGUUCAGAUCAUCUGAGCAAACAUUUAAAAGUCCACCGACGGGAACGUGGAGCUGCUGGGCAAUUAAAUCAGCCUAUUCUUCCGGCAUCCACUGGCGUCCGACGUGGUAGGCCACCUGGAGCUGCUUCGUUGGCGGCUGCAGCUGCUGCAGCGGCCGCCGCAGCCGCUGCUUCUAUCGGUGGGUGCGUGGCGCCAUCUCUGAUCAACACGUACGGUAAUAGUUCCAACCACCACCACCAUCAUCUCAAUCAACCACACCAAGUAUACAAUAGUAAUACUUUACAUUGAUAGUUGUACUAAUACGUUGAAUUUCAUUUUGUGAAACAACUGCCAAAGAUGUUUAUUUUUUGCUUUCCUAGUUUUUUCCUGUCGUUUUACGAAACGAUCUUGGUUAGUUAAUUUCUUUCCUUGUCCGUCUGUAUAUCUCUAUAUAAUAGCUCGGAAAAAAGUAAGAAAAGUAGCAGAAUCGUAAUUAUAUUGUAUUAUGUCAUUCUACUUAAUGUAAGUGUAAUUUUCCAUUACUAUCCAUUACCUCCCCCACUCGAGCGAAAGUAAGUGCAAGACGCAAAUUUAAAACUUUUGGCUGAAAUUAUGUUUAAUGGGAUUUUUUUUUAGCUUUUGCUUGUCGAGGUCGUACAUUUUUAUGACUUUCAGCAGAAGAUUGUAACGAUCCCAUCUAACAUUCAGACUCGAUUUGUUUUCUUUGUCCGUUUGUAAAUAGUUUUGACUGUUAUGCAAUAGAAAUUUAAAACAGGUGUUUUUGAUGUUGUUGUUGUGGAUGGCCUUGUUCUGUCGUGUUUCCUUAGAUUUAAGUAUUUGUCCUAUUGGAUUGUUUUGUUUCUAAUCCCGCCCCUGCUACUGGCUACACACGUGCCGUGUUAUACGAGUGAAUUGUCUUGUUAAUUUCCUUGAAGUCAAAAGUCAUUCCUCGUUUGUUUGUUUUUUUUCAAACUUAAUUUGCAUUCUCGAUAUGUACCAUGGUGCCUGCUUGAAUACUCUUUGAUGAAUUGGAAGCCUUAAAAAAUUUUCUAGUGUAUUACCUCAUUGUAUUUCGUGUCUACUAAGAAAUAUGUCGUAAUCCAUACAUGAAACAUUCCAUUUUAUGUAA